AUGAUCAUCCCCGUCCUCGCCGCCCUGGCCACCCAGGCCGUCGCCUCUCCCGCCGGGGCCACUACCCUCCACGCGCGCCAGUCCGCAGCCAAGGCCUACGCCUCCAACGAGAACCUCUCGCUGCGUCUCAGCGAGGUCGACCCCCCCAUCCGGGGCGCCGGCAACCCCGCGGGCGCGACGUGGGACCUGACCAUCAACGACACCCCUUCUGGCCACAAGCAGACCGUCACCGGCUUUGGAGGCACCGUCACCGACGCCACGGUCACCGUCAUCAACUCGCUGCCCGACGACCAGCGCGCCAAGCUGCUGCAGGAGCUCGUCACCUCGGACGGCGCCCACUUUGGCUUCCUGCGACACACCAUUGCCGCCUCGGACCUCAGCGGCCCCCCCGCGUACACGUACGACGACAAUGGCAACAAUGCCGACCCCAACAUGGAUGGCUUUAACCUCGGGGACCGCGGCGUCGCCAUGGCCGAGCUGCUGGCCGAGCUCAAGGGCCUCAACUCGGACGCCUACAUCCUCGGCAGCGCCUGGUCGGCCCCUGGCUGGAUGAAGCAGAACAGGCAACUGACCGGCCAGCUCGAGGGCAACAACCUCGACGGCCAGUACUACGAGGCGUACGGCCAGUACUUUGCCGAGUACCUCAACGCAUACGCCGCGCACGGCGCCCACGUCGAUGCCAUCACCAUCCAGAACGAGCCGCUCAACAGCCAGGGCGGCGGCCACGUCACCAUGUACCAGGGCGCCGACGAGGCCGCCUCGGUCACGCAGGACCACGUCGGUCCCGCCCUCGCCGCCGCCGGCCUGGGCGACGUCCAGAUCUGGGCCUACGACCACAACACGGACCGGCCCGACUAUCCCCAGACCGUCCUCGAGGGCGCGGGCGACUACGUCCAGGCGGCCGCGUGGCACUGCUACGCCAACCCGCUCGACUGGACCGUCCUGAGCGACUUUCACGACCGCUUCCCCAACAAGGCCAACCACAUGACCGAAUGCUGGACCGCGCCCUCGACGCCCUGGCACCAGUCGUCCAGCAACAUUGUCGGCCCCCUGCAGAACUGGGCCGAGACGGCCGGCAUGUGGACGCUCGGCACCUGGACGGACCAGGGCGACGGCACCUUUGGGCCCUACAUCCCCGGCGGCUGCGCCACCUGCCGCGGCCUCUUUGUCGUCGACAGGGACCAGGGCACGUACGAGCUCACCGUCGACUACUACAUGCUGGCGCAGUACAGCCGCUUCAUCCCGCGGGGCGCCGUGGUGCUGGAUGGCACGGGCAGCUACACGUACGACGACGGCACGGGGGUCCAGUCGGUGGCUACGGUGAACCCGGACGGCACGAGGACGGUCGUGGCGGAGAACAGGCUCGCGGACACUGUCUGGCUGCGCGUCGAGACGGACAGCGGCGAGACGUGGAGUGGGAGCGUGCCCGCGAACACGGUGGUGACCUGGGUGCUGCCAUGA